AUGUCAGGCGAUACAGGACAUAGUGAGGAUGAUAACAUCGACCUAAAUAAGGCUAUCGAAGACUCACUUGCCUCGUUGAGUUAUCUACCCGAUGAAAAUCCUAAUAAUACAAACUCAGAGCAACAGGACGAUCAGAUCCAUCAAUUCCAGGAGGGCGGAGAUCAUGCCCAUCACACAAACAUAGACUACCAAGAUGCUCAUCAACAGUAUAACCAAGAGAACCAUGAAUCGAAUCAAGAGCAAGAUAAUUACCUACUGCAGUUUGAGUCUCACAAUCAUCAGGACGAAAGCCAUAACCACGAUUUGAACGAAAAUGAGGAUAUGGAUUUGCAGAACGCUAUUGGCGAUGUUUUCAAACUGUUUGAUUUUACAUCCAACGAGAACGAAAACUCUAAUACAGAAGUUGAUUCAAGAAAAAAUAUGCGAAGACACAGUGAACUGUCAGAAAAGGCUGGCGAAGAAAAGAGGGAUACAGAGCGACAAAUAGAUAGACUGGCUGAGGAGAAGCCAGAGCAAGAGGUUUCAAAACAGCAGGAUCAACACGAGUUUCCCCAGGAUUCAAAUGUUCCACACAAAAUAAAUCAUUCAGAGUUGUCUUCUCAUCACAGUCCACAUCAAACUCCACACUUAGUGGCUAACGUUGAAGAUAACCUGCCUCAGAAAAACGACCUACAGUCAAGUACACAAGAUACAAAUGAUGCAAAUAAAAGUAACUCCGAAAUGGAAGAUUUCGAUUUGGAGGCUGCUAUAGGUGAUGCCCUUGAUACUGCAUUUGAGAAUAAUAACCAUCAUGAAAGUGCCGGAAACCAACCUGAUGUAACAAACCAAGAUUCACAUAGCGCUCAUUCAAAGAUACCGCCCACUAGCAAUGAUUCUAUAUCUUCUAACAACCCAUACAAUGCUCAUGACACUGUUGAUAAGAGACCCAAGAGCUUAGAAAUUGGACCAAAUCAAGAGAAUGAAAACAAAUCGAAAAACGAUACUCCCAAUAAUGUCAACCAGUCAGUAUCACACAAUCAAAGUAAUGACGAUGAUUUAGACUUGGAUACCGCGAUAGGUGAUGCCUUCAAGCUUUUAUCUGGUCAAGAGUCUCACUCUAAAAGCAAAGAUUCUAGCCAAGUGGAGACUCAUCAAAGAAAUGUGCAGAACAACCAUCCCGAAGGUGUCAAUCUGAAAAAUGCAGAUAACGGCUCAACACCCACAAACAUACCGAAAAAUACAUUUACUGAAUCAAAUGAAUCAAAUGAAUCAAAUAAUAACCCAGAUGAUGAUCUUGAAGCAGCUAUAGGAGAUGCUUUUAAGUCACUCGUUGAUGACCAUGGAUUGUCAAAGCCACCCCAAUCACAUACGCCAAAUGAAGGGCCGGUUAAUAUUGAAAAAUUCGAACAGAGCUCAAUAAAUCAUUCGGAGCCAACAGAACAAACCUCUGACUCUCUUGCUCAAAGAGACCAGACAAACAACACUAAUGACGAUGAACUUAGCGCAACAAUAUCCGCAUCUUUGAAUCAAUUUUUAGAUAGUGAGUCCCAGAAUCAUCAGGAUAUUGAUAAUGCCGGAAAUAACGUUCAAGGUGCAUUUGAUGAGCAUGGUGAAAUGGAUAUUUUUAUGGAAUCAGCCAUUUCCGAAGCAUUCAAUAGUGCACUUGGAAAUAAAGCUUCUCAAUCUUCCCAUCAACAAAAGCAAAGAAGUGCUUCAGUAUCCCAAAAUUCUGCACUAGUUAAUGAAUUGAGAAGGAAAUCAAUAGCAGAGUUACCUAAAGAUUCGCAAGUUGAUCUUGCAGCAGUUGUUCAAAACGUAAUGGGUCAAAUGGUUAAUACCGACCAAGAGUCUGAUUCUGCUUCAAGUAAUUUACCAGUUUCUCAAGAUUUAUUAAAGGAGCUUGCUCUAGAAGUCACCAGUCAUUUACAGUUAUCCGAAGAUAAUAUAAAGAAGCCCAAUACUGUCGCCGAUAUGCCACAGAUUGAUGAAAAUAUUUUCCAGCAUUUUCAAAAUGAAGCUCAUCGUGAUGAAGAAGAAAAAAAUUAUAAGAACCAGGUUGCUGAUUCUAACCUCAAAGCCGCAUUAGCAUCUGCAGUGAGAAAUGCCAUUGAAUCAAACCCUCCUUUGGAUAUCACUCGGUCUUUCCCCAAGAAUCAUUCAAAAGUGGCGGAAGAAUCGCAUGAUGCCGAUCUCGAGAACCUUCAAAUGAAUCUCAUUUUACAAAAUGCUUUCAAUAUGGCGAUGGAAAAUCCACAUGAUUUAUUGACAAAUUUGGAAAUGGAAGAUGAAUAUUCUUCGCAGCCAUCACAAAAGAAAACCUUCGAUUCAGACUCUGUUAUCAACAAAGCAUACCAAGGCUCUUCUUCGAAGAAUUUGCCAGAUUAUUCAAAACCAAGUGAUCGUGCUUCUGGAUCAGUAACGAAGGCAAGACGCAAGCCUCCUGCUCCUAGGGCUCCAAAAUCCCUUCCAAUUACCAAAUCCCAAAUACAAGCUGCUACAGGCACACCUGCUAUAGAUCGAUUAUCAAGGCAAGCUGCCAUGAACGCAACAUCUCCGAAUUUGAUUACCGAUGAUGCAACUAAGAAGACCGAUCCAACAGGAUUGCAAGAAUCAACCAAUAAUACAGGAUCUACAUUAAAGCCACCCAUGUCAACCGGGAAUGUCCCACAUACCGUUGGAGAAAAAGCGCCUUCUGUAUAUGUAUCGCAAAAUACCACAAAAGAAAGCCAAUCAACACAAGAUUCAUCCUCUCAAGACUCGAUAAGCUCGGUUGCACAGUCUAUUGUGAAUAGUAUCAAGUCUUCUGGUCUGAGUGACCCAUCUCGGAAACCAUUGACAAUAGCCGAGACUUUGGCCCUUCAUAGAUCAUCAAUGUCAAAUAUUUCAAGGGAUUAUUCGUCAAUAGCUUCCUUAGAUUCAAAAAGGCUCUUGACUUCUCCUGCCAUUAAUCCUCAACUAUCCCAAAUGCUUUCGUCUCUAUCCAGCCAUAUCAACUCAACAGGUGGUUCAGACAACAACUUGUUACAAGUUAUUAGGCAAAUGACAAAUUCAUUGACCUCUCUGUCUCUGAGAUUGCAACCUUUCUCUUCUGCCAAAAACAUUCCAUCUGUUUAUGACAUUGCAUCUAGCUAUAACGAUAAAAAUGAAAAGGAAGGUAUGAUACAUUCUUUAACUAUGGCAAAGAAAUACUUAGAGAGUAGUUCCAAGGAAGCUGGUAAUAAUGGGGCAGUAUCAUUAGUUGAAAAGGCUUUAGAUUUAUUCAGUGCUGGUGCUUCACAAGUAACUACCGGCAUUCUGAAAAUUAAGAAUGAAAGCAUAUCAUCCUUGAGUGAUUCUAUUAUCUCCUCCAUCUAUGACUAUUCUUACUUGAAAAAUAAAGGAUCUUUGAUUGUCGAUAAGCCGAGCGUCGAUUCUCCCGAAUACAAGAAUCGAGUGAGAAUUGAAAAUAGAGAACGUAAGAAACGUUGGAGAGAAGAGAAUGCAGAAAGGAAUAAAGAUAAUGACUUGAGAUCACGAGUCUUAAAAAGAGCAUCUUCCACUUUUGGGGAAAAAGAUUCUCCAGAAAAAAGGACUUGGGUAGAAGAAGAGUUUAACAGAAGAAGAGAAAAACGUAUUGCCAAACAAAAGAAGGACGAUGCUCGUUCUGCUAAAGAUGAUGAGAAGAAAGUCAAUAUUACUGAACAGGAUCCCAAACUUGUUAAAUCAAUAACUGAUAUUUUUAAUAUAAUAUCAGUAACCGGAUUGAAAGAAGAACCGAAGUCUUCCCUUGUGGCAGCAUCUGCAGCUACUGCAGCAGCGGCCCUUUCUCACUUCUCUAGGACAAAUAGUGAUCUGCGUGAAAUUGCUACUUCAGUUUCCUCUAUCAUGUCUUCUUUGUUUGAUGGAGCUCUCGAGUCUGGUCAAAUAGAAAGGUUCAAAAGUCUUUCUAAAGCAGCAUAUAUUUUAAAAGGAGGACUCACUGAUUCGAAUCUGACAAAGAACCAAACAAAUGCUCAAGAAAAAGCAUCGAAGUCUAGUAUUUUAAAUCGUGGUUUGAUGAAGGAUUACCGCUUAACAUCGUCUCAACCAGAAUCCAUUUUAGAUAUGCGCAACCUUAAUUUAAAUGGUCAGAAAAGAAAAUCUGUUGAUGAAUCAAUAAAUGAUAACAAAAAGCAGAAAUCCAUGUCCCCGCCUAAGGAUCCAAGGACAACACCUCAUGUUUCAAGUGACAUUUCAUCAAUAUCAAAGAUCGCAUCUGAUAUUGAUCAUAUUAGAAGCUCAUUAACUUCAAGCUCCUCAUCACAUCUUUGGAGCUCUACACAUGCCCUUAAAAUGCCUACUUAUAAAAAGCCGGAAAGUACUCAGCAAAAUAUCGCAGACUCUUCAGUCAAACAAGAGUUUGUCGAAGAUGAAAAAGGACCUACUUUGCUGUUAUCCAAAGCAACUCCAUUUAUAUCAAACAAAGCAAAUUUUGCUUCUAUGAAAGACGAAGCGGAUUCUUCCAAUGAAGGUUCAACAAAUGCGAAAGGUUUGAAAAGACCAGGAAGUUUUCAACGUCCAGCUUAUUCCAAACCGAAAAACAGAAGCAUGGGAUUUCCGACUCUUUACUCAGCUUCGUUUAGUCUGAAUUAG